AAUGGGUUAGGUAUGUUUAUUUGAGAUUCCUGAGUUUAUAAAUGAGAAAGAGCAGAAUUUAUUUAAGUUGAUAAAAUAUAUAGGUUAAUUAGAGAUGGAAUAAAUAAGUAUUAGUGCUGAGUAUUGGUAAAAUAUUUUAGAUUCUCAAUUGAUAUCUCAGAUUGAAUAACAACAUAUAUAAGAAUCUGUAUUAAUAAUAGAAAAGAAGUAAAAAGAUUAAAGUUUGUAAGAAGAAGAGAGAAAUUUGAAUUAAGAUUUGAAUUAAUAUAUAGAAAAUAAAGAAAAGAAGAGUGAAGUAAUAUNGAAAUGAAAAUUUGGUAAGAAGCAGUCAGAAAAGAGAAUUAACACUUAAAAGUUUAUGAGCAUUUUACUAUCAAUCCAUAAAAAUGUAUGUGCAACUGUUAACUCUAAAAUUAGUAUAUAUUAUCCAAGAGAAACCUAACAAUAGUAUUAUGUUGUAGAAGCAUCUUGAAAAGACAGGAGCAAUUACAAAACCUGCAUUUGAUGUUAAUUAAAUUACUGAUGACUCUCCUCCUUUAGAAAGUAAUGGAAAAUCAAUAUUUUAGAGGAAAUUAUUGAUAAAUUAAAUACAAUGAAUAGAACUCCUCGUUAGAAAUACUAAUUUCCACAAACUUCUAAUUAAGAGCUUGGAUGGCAUUCUAAUGUAUAAUUUAUUAUUUAGAACUCUCAUAGCCUUUCUCCAUCAAAAUUUACAUAUCCUAGAAAAUUGUGUAAAGAAACAAAUUACGCAAAUGAUUAUUUCACUAUGAAUAAAAUCAGUCCUUAUUCCAAUAAAUUUAAGUGA